AUGCAAAAGCUGCGCAGUCGUGUCGCUUUGACCACCUUUUCUCUUGCUCUUCUCUUCUUCACUUUGCAAUAUCUAUCCAGCCAGGAUCAGGACCACCGGUACAGCCUCCUUUUUUCGUCGCAAACUGUUUCCGAUGAUGUCUUGGAAAACAUCACCACAGCAGCGCAAACCUUCGUCGACCAGCCUGUGGUAGCACCAUUCAAAAACCAGUUCUGGGAAGUGGGCAGGCGAUCGGCGCAGGUUAAAAAAUGGUUUGGCCUGCUCAAGCACGAGGCACACGGUUCGGACAAAGUACACGAAGUCCUCAGCAAUGUCGAGGAGGCUGCCGUGUCUUUGUUCCCUUUCAUACCACCAUCAUCAGACGGCUUGCCCUUGUCGAGUCUCUUCCACUUGCCUGAGAAAGGCAGCAAGGGCAUAGUCAUGUCUGUCGGGGGACCAAACAUCAAUAUCCGUUUUGCGGGACAUCUGAUAUCCGCUAUACGACAUGUGUUUGGAUGCAAACUCCCCCUGGAGAUUACCUACGCUGGCGAGGAAGACCUACCAAUCCGGUAUCGGGAAGCACUCGCGUCACUCGACGAAACGGGACAGAUCUCAUUUGUGGACAUGCUCAAGGUUUUCGACGACAAGACGCUUCGCUUGAAGGAAAACGGAUGGGCCAUCAAGCCCUUCUCAGUCCUGGCCUCUCGAUUUGAACAGGUCUUACUGGUCGACUGUGACAGCGUCUUCCUCCAAGACCCCAAAAGCCUAUUCCAUCAGCAGCCCUAUGUCGACAACGGCGCAUAUCUAUUCCACGAUCGUCUCCUAUGGCAACACGCGUUCAAGGGCAGGCAUGAAUGGUUCCACGACCAAGUUAAGGAACCCUCGCCCGCUUUGAACAGGUCCCUGGUGUGGACGGAGGAGUACGCCGAGGAGUGCGACUCGGGCGUUGUCGUACUCGACAAGUCACGACCCGACGUCUUCUUCGGCGUGCUGCAUACGGCCUGGCAGAACACGUACGACGUCCGUGAGGAGGUCACCUACAAGAUCACAUACGGAGACAAGGAAUCAUGGUGGCUCGGAUUGGAGCUGACGGGGGCUGCGUACGAGUUUGAAGAGCACUACGGCUCUAUGCUGGGGUGGGAGUCGCGUCAAGCGAGCGAGGAUGGGAAGGAAACGGCUGAGGUGUGCAGCUUUGUCAUUGCACAUGCCGACACCAAGGGGGACCUGCUGUGGUUCAAUGGCAGCUUGCUGAAGAACAAGCUCAAAGAGCCGGAUGCCUACGACGUACCCGAUGCAUGGGUGAUGGAUGGCACAUGGAGGAAAGGGGCGACCAAGCAGGACAUGAGCUGCAUGGUGGAUGCGCCCUCGAAGAGACUUAGCGAAGAGGAGCAUCACAUUCUACAAAGGAGUAUGGGAGAAGCGAUGGCGGUGGACGCACUCAUGAAAUCUGUCGUUGUAACGUAG